UUGUCGCAUACUAUAACUGCUAUAAGGUAUCUUUUCGUUUGGUCAAAUAUCUCUAUUCUUUGGCAAUUAAGGAAAACACUCCAAUAUAGUAAAAGGCUGACCGUUUAGGUCAUAUAUCCACUCCAUUCUCAGAUAAUUCACACUUUCCCUGAGGCGAGGACCAUAAUACACCGAUCAACAAUUCAGAUCUGUGUUUAUUCUACUUUAAGUCUUCAAAGGAAUCAUGUCACUUUGUCAAACACCGUGAAACGCGUAAAUGGCAGGAUAUUGGUGAAGUAGCGAUAGUAGUUCAUAAGAGAAAGGGACAACAAAGCCAUUUAAUGAGAAAAACGAGCGACAGAUCUUAGUUUCUCUGGUUUGCAGUAUUGCAUUAACAGCUUCAUGCUCCUAUGUGAAAGGAAACUUACUGAAUCAAAGUGAAAGUGUGUUCGUUUGUUUAGUGAAUCACUGAACGCUGAACAGAUUUGCAGUUCUACUAUGGGGCACGGGGCAGGAAAGCACUCAAAGAACUACUUGAUAGAAGAAAGUAAAGAAUUCUCCAAUAUCGUCAAGACAAAUGAAGAAGAAAACUCGACUGAAGAAAGCUUACAUCACGACGAUGUUGAUAUACUCGUUCAAAUACACCAUGCAAGGACUUGGCCAGAUGAAUUCAAAGACCAACCGAUUCAACUAAAGCGUUCAUUAAAAGACCUUUUAGAGACGGCGGCACAAGAAAUGACAACAUUAUCGAAAGGAAUGAAAUACAACCAUGUAGAGGAAAUUGCAAAAGCACUUGUUCAUCUUACUACAUUGUGGGACAAAGGGCUUCUUUCUUCUUUAAACAUCAAAUCAUUUAAUAGAGAGAUAAUAACUCUAGAAAUCAAAGGGAUAGAAUAUAUGGUGCAGGCAGGAGAGUUCUUUAAAAGCGAGCCCUUUUAUGGCGAAGAUGAGCGGCUUGUCAAACUGUAUUUCUUUCACGUAAAAGAGCUAUCUACCAAGUGUCGCAUAAUGUCUUACUACUUAGAAUGUAGUUAUAUCCUACAGCCUUAUUUUAUGUUAGGUUUACAUGUAUCAGGGACACAUUUAAGUGUACAAAGCUACGACCGAACUUGUCCGAGCUAUUGGGUAGUAAGAGAUGCCGUGAUUCGAGAUAUGAAGGCAAGGAUAAAUGCUAAUAUGCUUGUUAAAAAGGAAACAAGACAGCAGCCAACAGAGGAUUUGCGGGAAGGGGUAGAAGUGUAAAAGGAAAUAUUGCCGAUUAGGGGAUCAUUUUGAAAAUAAGUUAUGCCUGGAAAAUUAUCUAAUAAGAAAGAAAUAUUCCAUUUGCUUCUUGUUCGAUAUCUUGUAAUACUGAAUUACGAUUCAAAUAGUGUUAAUAACAACACUAGAACAAUUCGCAGCUUAUUUAAGUAUUUUAUUUAAUCAAAAAUGAGUUUUACUUUUGGACAAUAUUGAAAUAAAAUGAACAAAAAAACAAAGGGUUUGUGAGUUGAAAUAAAACGCGCACAUUCGUUAAUUUGUCAAAAUUUCACAAAACCAUCAAAAAUGUUAACUAGUUUACCAAAAUUACUCUUUGGCUUUAUUCUCAUAAUUAUUUCUUUUAUUUCUUUAUCUUUAGUGCCCCUAUUAAGGCAAACAAAAUUAACCUUCUUGGUCUAAUGGCAUAUGUUAUCAAUGGCUGACAAAUAAGUGCGCUUCCGUUUAUAUACUCGUUAAACACAUUUCUAAAGAACUUAACUGCGCGCUCAACAUCUUUAUGGCAAUAUUGAAUCUUGCCAGGCCAACACCUUGAUCAAUGUAGAUUAGCGCAAGUUAAACAGAGCACUCAGCUUUACUUAGGGUUAAUUUGAAUAUAAGAGCGCGCUGGAUAUCUACUGAAAAUCAAAAACAGCUGAAAAACGUUUGUGGCUUGUUGUAUUUAGAUUCCUAAUUUUUCAAUGGUUAUGAAGCGGAUUUCUUCUGUUAAUCCUGUUAGGAAUUAGAACCUUUUU